CACCGAUUCCCACCACAGUCACAGGGGGCCUAGUUGCGCAAUUUCGUCAUAAAACUAGAAACCGACCUCACUGGUCCGUGUUCAACUCGAGCUGCACUCCCAAGUCUUUUCGGGAAUCGUUUUUUCUCUCGCGAAUCCUCGUUGAGAAGUAUCGCCACUGGCAGCAUGCGAUCCUCAUUCCCCUCAGCAGUGUCCCUUGGCGGGGCAAUUAUUGCUCUAUUAACCGGGGGGCUCGCCAGCUCCUCCCAACAGCUUCCGCUCACAAGCGAUUUCGUGUGCGAGCAUCCGCCUUACAAAGUCCAUCUCGUGUCGAGCUCACCUCUCGUCAUCUACAUCACCAACUUCCUGACCGACCAAGAGCGAGCUCAUUUGCAAGAGAUAACAAAGGACACAUUCUCCCACUCAGGCGUACAGGGCUCAUCCGGCGCCAAAGCCAUCAACCGGGCGCGCACCUCGCAGUCGACCAACGUGCCGCGCGACACCGUGGUCCGCUGCAUCGAGGAGCGCGCCCUGCUCUUCCAGGGCCUCGACACGCCGCGCACACACCUCGAGCCCCUCCAGCUCGUCAAGUACGGCCGCGGAGAGCACUUCCACUUCCACACGGACUGGUUCCCGAACCCCGAGCACGCCCGCCCCGACGCCGGCGGCAACCGCCUCUCGUCCUUCUUUGUGUACGUGCGCGUCGACCCCGGCACCACCGGCGGCGGCACGAAUUUCCCGGCGGUCGACGCCCCCGCCGGCAAUGGCAACGGCAGCAGCAGCAGCAGCCGCUGGUGUGAGGCCGGGUUCGUUGACUGUGACGAGCCCUGGGAUGCGGGCGUCACUUUUCGACCCGUCGAGGGGAAUGCCGUGUUCUGGAGGAACUUGCUCCCGGGGGGCGGAGGGGACGACAGGACGCUGCAUGCUGGGUUACCUGUGACGAGUGGGGGGAAGAUAGGGAUGAAUAUCUGGACGAGGGAGGGCCCGGUGAGUGAGAAGGUGAGGGGGCCGGACGUGUGAUGUGUGUCAUGAUGGUUGGUGGUGUUGUUAUUAGUGCUGUUGGGGGGGCUAUGCUGGUAUCAUGAACAAUUUCAAGUCGGUAUGUACAUAUAAUCCGAGCCAACCUCCGAGCCCAAAUCUAUAACGCCGCG